AGCUUUGGAACAACACAACCCAAACUAGAAGGCAAACGCCAGAGUCCUGCUGUCACACUCCAGUCCAGAUGGUGGCAGUACUGCAUAGUUUUAUGGUUGGUUUGUCAAACACUAGGAGUUCGCCAGUAAGAAGAUUUCACAGGAGUGCACGGAAAAGUUGCGGCUGAUUCGAGAAAGGCAGAGUUACGUCGACAUUGCUGUGAUAAACACUGCCUAACGUCCUAUCAGACAUAAACAACAGAAUAUCAGAUCUCUGUGUGCACAUUUAUAUGAGGGUCGUUUUAAGUCAUAGUAUCAUAACGUCUUAGCCUGCUUCGUUAGCUCCCUACGUUAGCCUACUUGAAUGCAUCCGCCCUAGGCAAGUGAAAGCUGCGGAGACCGUCAGUUACUCCGUGCGAAAUACAAUGUUCCAAUUAGACGAUGAAAACAAAGCUUGAAAGCCACUCUCUAUUUGUCUCUGUGUUGAAUUAAAUCGGGAGUAGGAGGACAGGCUUCCCUGGCCAUAUAGUAAGCUCUGGACGAGAUAAUCUCUUUUCGGUUGCUAACAUGAAUCUUGGACUGCCGACACACCAGGUACCCCUGAGACUGACAGUGAAAGAAGAGGACAUAAAAGAAGAGGAAUAUGGACAAAUGAUUACAUGGCAAGAUGAUGAAGAAAAGCCCAUUGCAGAUCUUCACUGUAAAACGGAAUCAGACUUCACAGAGUCACUAAGCUCCACUCAUAAUGAAAUACUACAGACAACAGUGGAGGUUAAAGUGAUGAAAGAGGAGGAUGAGCAAGAACACAACGAUUGUCCUCUGGAAAGAAACUCUGGACGGGAUCAUCUGUUGUCCGUUGCUAACAUGAAUCUGGGACUACCGUUGAGACCUGGCUGUGAUGAGACACACCAGGUACCUCUGAUACUGACAGUGAAAGAAGAGGACAUAAAAGAAGAGGAAUACGGACAUAUGAUUACAUGCCAAGAUGAAGAAGAAAAGCCCAUUGCAGAUCUUCACUGUAAAACGGAAUCAGACUUCACAGAGUCACUAAGCUCCACUCAUAAUGAAAUACUACAGACAACAGUGGAGGUUAAAGUGAAGAAAGAGGAGGAUGAGCAACAACACAACGAUUGUCUUCUGGAAAGUGCAUCAGAACAUCCAGAUGGAACACAACAGAAGAUCCAUGGACAGAAUGAUGAACUCAACCAGCAACUCAAUGGAAGGCCGUACCACUGCACAGUCUGCAGGAAGAGCUUCACGGUCCUGAGAGAACUCGAGGAACACCAGGAAACACACACUCUUAGUGUUAAUCAAAAGCAGAACACUGAUGAGAAGCCUCAUAAAUGUGCCCAGUGUGGUAAAGCAUUUUCACGCGUUUCACAUCUUAAAACACAUAUGCUAACACACACUGGAGAGAAGCCUCAUAAUUGUCCACAUUGUGGAAAAGUAUUUACAUGUUCCUCAAGUCUUCAAAGGCAUAUACUAAUACACACUGGAGUAAAGCCUCAUAAAUGUGCCCAGUGUGGAAAAGCAUUUUCAUGCAUUUCAGAUCUUAAAAAACAUAUGCAAAUACACACUGGAGAGAAGCCUCAUAAAUGUGCCCAGUGUGGAAAAGCAUUUACAUAUUCUUCAAAUCUUCAAAGGCAUAUGGUAGGACACACUGGGAUGAAGCUUCAUGUAUGUGCCCAGUGUGGAAAAGCAUUUUCAUACGUUUCACAUUUAAAAAAACAUAUGCUAAUACACACUGGGGAGAAGUCUUUUAAAUGUGACCAGUGUGAAAAAGCAUUUUCACGCAUUUCACAUCUUAAAACACAUAUGCUGAUACACACAGGAGAGAAGCCUCAUAAAUGUGCCCAGUGUGGAAAAGCUUUUUCACGCCUUCCAGAUCUUAAAAAACAUAUGCUAAUACACACUGGAGUGAAGCCUCAUAAAUGUGUCCAGUGUGGAAAAGCAUUUUCACGUGUUUCACAUCUUAAAACACAUAUGCUAAUACACACUGGAGAGAAGCCUCAUAAUUGUCCACAUUGUGGAAAAGUAUUUACUUGUCCCUCAAAUCUUCAUAAGCAUAUACUAACACACACUGGACAGAAGCUUCAUAAAUGUGCCCAGUGUGGAAAAGCAUUUUCACGCGUUUCACAUCUUAAAACACAUAUGCUAAUACACACUGGAGAGAAGCCUCAUAAUUGUCCCCAUUGUGGAAAAGCCUUUACAUGUUCAUCAAAUCUUCAAAGGCAUAUAAUUAUGCAUACCGGACAGAAUCUUCAUAAUUGUGCCCAGUGUGAAAAAGCAUUUCCACACGUUUCAAAUCUUAAAAUCCACAUGCGAAUACACACUGGAGAGAAGCCUCAUAAAUGUGCCCAGUGUGGAAAAGCCUUUACAACCUCCUCACAACUUAACGUCCAUAUGCCAAUACACACUAGGGAGAAGUCUUUUAAAUGUGACCAGUGUGAAAAAGCAUUUUCACGCAUUUCACAUCUUAAAAAACAUAGACUAAUACACACAGGAGUGAAGCUUCAAAAACGUGCCCAGUGUGAAAAAGCAUUCACUAGGUCAUCAAGUCUGAAAUGCCAUCAGCGUUUGCACAGUGAUGAAAAGGCCACUUAAAUGCUUGAAUUCUGAAGUUUGCAGUUGUCAAAUGCAUAUGUUGAUACUCAGUUGAUGCCAGUGUGGAAAAACUCCUAAACAAGCUGGGUCUUUAAAACGUCACCUUAUAGUACAUGGCAGUAAAGGUCCACAUAAAUGUGUGUGUGUGUGUGUGUGUAAAAGAAGACUGGAGUGAAGCCUCUUGAAGGUGCCCAGUGUGGAAAAACACACACACACUCAGGUAGAGUAGGAACAACCUCUACAACUCUUUAGAAACACAUAGUGGAGAAAAGCAUUUGUACGCCAUAGUGGUCUGAAAAAUAAUAUGCUUUUAAAUAAUAACUUUGUGAUAAAGCAUUUAGAUACAGAUCAAGCCUUAUUGUGCAUGAAUUCACAGGUACAAGAAAGCACUCAUAUAUUUUCUCGCUCCCACACAUACACACACACACACACAC